CUGCGCCGCCAGCGAGCGGGACGCGCGCGCCGAGGCUUGAGUUCCCUUUUCCCCACGGCUUCCCGCGCCCCGGCGGCAUGAAGGAGACGCCGCUUUCCAACUGCGAGCGCCGCUUCCUCCUCCGCGCCAUCGAGGAGAGGAAGCGGCUGGACGGCAGGCAGACCUACGAUUACAGGAGCAUCAGGAUCUCGUUCGGGACGGAUUAUGGCUGCUGUGUCGUGGAGCUCGGGAAGACCAGAGUUCUCGGACAGGUUUCCUGUGAACUUGUGUCUCCAAAACUCAAUAGGGCAACAGAAGGUAUACUCUUCUUUAACCUUGAGCUCUCUCAGAUGGCUGCCCCGGCUUUUGAACCCGGCAGGCAGUCAGACCUCUUGGUGAAGUUGAAUCGUCUCUUGGAAAGAUGUCUAAGAAACUCGAAGUGUAUAGACACUGAAUCUCUCUGUGUUGUUGCUGGUGAAAAGGUUUGGCAGAUACGUGUGGACCUACAUUUAUUAAAUCAUGAUGGAAAUAUUAUUGAUGCCGCCAGCAUUGCUGCCAUCGUAGCCUUGUGUCACUUCCGAAGACCCGACGUGUCUGUCCAAGGAGAUGAAGUGACACUGUACACUCCGGAAGAGCGGGACCCCGUCCCGCUGAGCAUCCACCACAUGCCCAUCUGCGUCAGCUUCGCCUUCUUCCAGCAGGGAACAUUUUUGUUGGUGGAUCCCAGCGAGCGAGAGGAGCGUGUCAUGGACGGCUUGCUGGUGAUUGCCGUGAACAAGCACCGAGAGAUCUGCACCAUCCAGUCCAGCGGGGGGAUCAUGCUGCUGAACGAGCAAGUCAGUGCUGUGGUUUUGAGAUGCAGUAAAAUAGCUGGUGUGAAAGUAGCGGAAAUCACAGAGCUGAUCCAGAAGGCUUUGGAGAAUGACCAGAAAGUUCGGAAAGAAGGUGGAAAGUUUGGCUUUGCAGAGUCCAUAGCAAAACAAAGGAUCACAGCAUUUAGAAUGGAAAAGGCCCCUGUUGACACCUCUGACGUCGAGGAGAAAGCAGAAGAAGUCCUUGCUGCAGCGGAUCCUCCUCCAGACGUCGUUUCUAAACCUGUGCUCUGGACUCCUGGUACUGCCCAGAUUGGAGAAGGAGUGGAGAACUCCUGGGGUGACCUUGAAGACUCUGAGAAGGAAGAUGAGGAUGAAGGUGGCAGCGAUGAAGCCAUCAUUCUCGAUGGUGUGAGGACGGACGUGGGAAUGGAAGUCUCCAAUACUGGAAGCCAAGAGGCCCCUAUUGUGCUGUCAGACAGUGAAGAAGAAGAAACAAUCAUUUUAGAACCAGACAAGAAUCCGAAGAAAACAAGAACACAGACCAUCAGUGCAAAACAAGAAAAAGCACCAAGUACAACACCAGUGAAAAAGAGAAGGAAGAAGAGAACUGCAAAUUAAAGCUCAUGUGGUUGUAUCUGUGUACAGAACCAUUAAAAGGAUAUUUAUUUAAGUGCUA